AUGGCUGAUUUUGUGCAGAAAAAUGGUAAAAAGCAACAACGAGACAUAGUGCAACAUCUUGAAAAUCGUAAGACAAGUAGCUCCUUGAGAAAUGCCCGUGAAAAAGCUGAGCAGAUUUUGCAACGGAAUGCUACUACAGCACCUCAAAAGCUUCCAAUAUUGGCAAAAGAGCACCAUGCCCCCAUGUCACAGAAAAAGCAAAAGCAGAAGGCAUUUUGUAAACCAGGCUCCAUGUCUGCAUAUCGUGAAUUUAGGAAGAAGCAAUUAGAAAACAAGGAGCAAAACAAUGAUUUAGAAGCUUCUAUGGUCAAUGAAAGUGCUAUGGUCAUGACUAAUCCUUCUACACUAUCAAGAGUCAAUGAGGAUGAAAAUGCAAAUGACUUGGAGAUAACGGAAGAUGAAAAUGCACAUGAGUUUGAAGUACAGGAAGAUGCUGAAGCUGGCCAACCAGUAGGACCUACACAAGAGAUUGUCGACGAGUUUAGCCUCUUCUUAGGAACAGUGGCUAGGGAUCCUGAGCUUGCGCCACUAAAUUACCGUCACUUCCCUAGUCUACCCACACGUGACAAAAUGUGGGAUUAUAUCUUGGAGAAGUACUUGGUUCCUGAUGAAGGAAGAAAAUGGGUAAUGGAAACCAUCAAUGCGAGUUGGCGUGGUUAUAAAUGUAGAGUAAAGAAGAAUCACUACUAUGCAUUAAGACUGAUGCUUAUUGAUGGGAACAUCGCCCAAAAACAAUUUCAGAAUCGCAAUUUAGAGAUCGAAGAAAGCAACAUCAACAAAGACAAUCGUGGAUUGCUAAAUGAUAUGCACACCAUGGGUCCUAAGUCGUAUGCAUCAUUACGUCAUAAGCUGCAACAAGAGGAUAGUAAUAAGCAAGAACCUUCUCAUGGUAAGGUAUACAGAGAAUCAAGGAGAAGAAUUCCCGGAAAAACAUAUUCCACUAGCUAUGAGGAAACUACAGAAAAUAUUGCCAAGAUGGAUGCUCUAGAUUCCAUCCAAAAUGAAGAAGGCAACUCUAAGGAUCCUUAUUUUGAAGUGAUAAAGAAUCCCAAGCGCAAUAGUCGAUUACACCUUUAUGGGAAAGGAAUUCAUACAAAGUAUGCGGACACAAUUGGCGGAGGAGAUUGCACGAGUGUGGCAUCAAUGAUUCUAUCUCAGAUUCGAGAAGCUAAUCCAGAAUUAAAUAUCGUCAUUCCGAAUUUUCAGAUCACGCCAGCACCAAGGGAUGAAUCUAGUGCUCCAAAUAAUACCAAUGAACCAAAUGGCCAAUCAUCUAUUGGGACACACUCUUUACAUCAGAAUCUUUCUCAACAACUUUUGCAACCUACACAGUUUUGA